AUGGGCGCCGGCGGCGGCGGUCUUUCCAAAGAUGCUUUGCAGCGUGUCCCUCUCCCUGCGAGAAAGCCAUAUAUCUGGCUGGCGACGAUUUGGGCAUCCUAUUGUGGAGGGCUGCAUGGGUUUAAUACGGCAAAUAUCUCAGGGGCGAUGAAGCUUGACCCGUUUGUGAAGGAGUUUGGAUGGACGGAUAUUCCUGCUGAUACCGAAUCCAAUCACAAGGGGUGGGUUGUGUCGUCUAUGAUAUUAGGCCAAGUUCUCGGGGUUAUUAUCGCAGGUCCUCUCGGCGAACGACGCGGACGCAAGCCAGUUAUCCUCUUUUCGGCUAUUUUCUAUACAAUUGGGUCCAUUCUCAUGGCUGCCAACUUCGGGUCCUUGUCUGAACUGCUUGUCGGGAGAAUUCUGUCCGGAAUAGGCUCUGGUUCUGGAAUGUCAGUCGGCCCUAUCUACAUAUCAGAAGUAGCUCCACUGGAGCUUCGAGGAAUGAUGACAACAUUCUACAAUGUGAAUAUCAUGGCUGGCGUUGCAGGAAGUUACUGGAUAAACUACGCUUCCCAGUCCGUCAUAUCAGCAGAAUCCAACUGGCAAUGGCGAGCCACUAUGAUCCUACAGCUAAUCCCAGCCAUCAUGCUAUUUUUGGGCCUGCCAUUCUUCCCCGAAAGUCCCCGAUACCUAAUGAUGCGCGGCCGCCUCGAAGCAGCCAAAACCAGCCUCUCUCGACUUCGCGGCGGCCUCGAUGAGAACACCGAGUACUUCGCCAGAGAAAUGGCCGAGCUCCGCGCUAAAAUGUCCGCCAAUGCUGAAUCCCAGGGUGCCUGGGACAACACAAAAUCCUUAAUGAAGCUCUGCACCCACCACCCCCCGACCCGCAAGGUCGUCCUUUUCGUAACCCUAAUUCAGCUGUUCUUCAUCUUUUCCGGCGGAAAUUCCAUCACUUAUUAUGCACCCACGAUUCUCCAGUCCAUCGGCCUUAACGAUCGCCAGGUCCUCCUCUUCACGGCCAUCUACGGCUGCAUCAAACUAGCCUCUGUCUUUUUAUAUGCCUUUGCAUUAACAGACCGUUUCGGCCGCCGCCCCCUCCUCCUCAUCGGCUCAAUAACAAACCUCAUCUGCCUAAUCUACCUCGCCGCCUUCCUAGGCACAACAGACAUAUCGUCUUCCACCUCCCCCUCCCCCUCCCCAGCAGCAUGGGUCGCCAUCGUAGCAAUCUGCAUCUUCGCAAUCGGUUACGGCUUCGGCUGGGCACCCGCAUUCUCACUCACAGCAUCCGAGAUCUGUCCCACAAGUAUACGAGGAACAGUAGUAGGCAUCGCGUUCAUAUUCCAGAAUCUGCUGAACUUUGGAAUCACACGCGGAUUUCCGAAUAUGACGCUGAGUAUGCAUGCGUAUGGGCCGUUUGCGUUAUUUGCGGCAUUUACGUUUGUCGGGACGGUUUGGGUCUUCUUUGCAUUUCCGGAGUGUAAGGGGAGGAGUAUGGAGGGGACAGAUGAGUUGUUUUCGUUGCCGUGGUGGAGGAUUGGGUUUGCGAGGGUUCCCGAGGGAGGGGUGGGCGGUGACUUUGUGGGUAAGGAAGUUGAGGGUGAGGGUGAGGUUGAUUUGGAGAGGCAGUUGUCUGAGAAGUUGAAGGAUGAGAGGAUUGAGAAUGUGGAGGUUAGUCGGAGGUAGAUGUUUAUUUGCUUUUUGCUUUGUAUGGUUUCGGG